AUGGUGGCACCAUCCAGCCCGGACGUAACUCUCCCGGACAGUCUAGAGUCGGCGAGAAUCGAGCAACUGCCGGCUUCCGCAUACUACAUACCCAACUUCAUCAGCAGAGAAGAGGAACAGCUCAUCCUGGACAAAAUCGCCGCAGCUCCGAAGCCUCGAUGGAAGCAACUCACGCAUCGGCGCCUGCAGACUUGGCCGUCCGGCCUUGUGCACGACAAGCUCCUCGACGCCGUGCUCCCACCAUGGCUCGAAUCACCAAUCGUGUCACGGCUCCAAUCGAUCCCUGUGUCACUCAGUGACACCCAUCACAUCUUCAGCGGCAGCCCGCACCACCGGGCGAACCAUGUCCUCAUUAAUGAGUAUCCUCCCGGGGAUGGUGCGGCGUACUGGCCCGUGGUCUGCACGGUCAGCCUUGGAGCGAGCCUCUGUCUCAACCUGCACCGAAGCAAAGACGAUGGCGCCCUGGACCCGGAGCCCGCGUGGCGAGUCUUGCAGGAGGCGCGCAGUCUGCUCAUCACGACGGACGAGCUCUACACCGACUACCUGCACGGAAUCGCCGAUGUCAAGGAAGACGUUGACCUGUCGGCGGACACAGUCGUCAACUGGUCAUUACUACGCGACCCUGGUACAUUCGAGGACGGCCGAAACGUGCGCCAGACUCGCACCAGUCUUACUUACCGAGAUGUGCUCAAGGUAUCGAAAGCCGCCAACAGGAUUGGCAUGUUUCUCAAGAGGUGA